AUGUAUACUUCUAGCAUAAAAAUGGCUCUUAAGGUUCUUGUUCUAUUCGCCGUCGUGGUCGGGGUCUUUGCUAGUUCACUUCCAUCCUACACCCCUGCACCAUCCUAUAAUGCCCCAGCUCAUACGGGACCAGCUCAGUAUGACUUCAACUAUGCAGUAAAUCAUGAUUACUCCAAUAACGACUUCGGCCACCAAGAAAAUCGAAAUGGAUACGACACUCAAGGAGCUUACUAUGUACUUCUUCCCGACGGUCGUGUACAGAGGGUGUCAUACACCGUGAACGGUGACUCUGGAUACGUGGCCCAAGUAACUUACGAGGGAGAGGCCCAAUACGGCGCUCCAAGACCUUCCACCUCUUACCAGCCUGCUCCUUCUUACGCUUAA